GGCAGAGGAGGCGGCAGGCGCACGGAGAGAGCCGCAGCCAGCGCAGCUCCGCUCUGGCUGAGGCCGGGAUUUGCUCCCGACCCCUCCCUCCGUCCUCGACCGGCCCAGACGCGCACCGGCCUGCUGAGACGGAGGGCCAUGUGGGCGCCGACUAGAAAGCUCGCAGACAGAAGCAGCCUAUAACUGACCACCAAACAAGGGGUCUGCAGCCAAAGGCUCGGCACAAUGGAGACCCCGUAUUCCAUGACCGCUCACUACGAUGAGUUCCAGGAAGUCAAGUACGUGAGCCGAUGUGGCACCGGGGGCACCCGAGGGACCUCGCUGCCUCCAGGCUUCCCGAGGGGCUCAGGACGCAGUGCUAGCGGGGCCCGGUCCGGGCUGCCGCGCUGGAACCGACGCGAGGUGUGCCUGCUGUCGGGGCUGGUGUUCGCCGCCGGCCUCUGCGCCAUCCUGGCGGCCAUGCUGGCGCUCAAAUACCUGGGCCCGGGCGCGGCAGGCGGUGGCGGAGCCUGUCCCGAGGGCUGCCCCGAGCGCAAGGCCUUCGCGCGCGCCGCCCGCUUCCUGUCUGCCAACCUGGACGCCAGCAUCGACCCGUGCCAGGACUUCUACUCGUUCGCGUGCGGGGGCUGGCUGCGACGCCACGCCAUCCCCGACGACAAGCUCACCUACGGCACGAUCGCGGCCAUCGGAGAGCAGAACGAGGAGCGUCUGCGGCGCCUGCUGGCGAGACCCGCCGGAGGCCCCGGUGGCUCUGCGCAGCGCAAGGUGCGCGCCUUCUUCCGCUCGUGCCUCGACAUGCGCGAGAUCGAGAGGCUCGGGCCGCGGCCCAUGCUCGAGGUCAUCGAGGACUGCGGCGGCUGGGACCUGGGAGGCGCGUCAGAUCGCCCCGGGGCGGCUCGCUGGGACCUCAACCGACUGCUGUACAAGGCCCAGGGUGUGUACAGCGCGGCCGCGCUCUUCUCGCUUACAGUCAGCCUGGACGACAGGAACUCCUCGCGCUACGUCAUCCGCAUUGACCAGGACGGGCUCACCCUGCCAGAGAGAACCCUGUACCUAGCUCAAGAUGAGGAGAGUGAGAAGAUCCUGGCCGCAUACAGGGUGUUCAUGGAGCGUCUACUCAGACUACUGGGAGCAGAUGCCGUGGAGCAGAAGGCUCAGGAGAUUCUUCAACUGGAACAGAGGCUGGCCAAUAUCUCUGUGUCAGAAUAUGAUGAUCUUCGUCGAGAUGUCAGCUCCGUGUACAACAAAGUGACUCUGGGGCAGCUGCAGAAGAUCACCCCCCAUUUGCAGUGGAAGUGGCUGCUGGACCAGAUCUUCCAGGAGGACUUCUCUGAAGAGGAGGAGGUGGUGCUGCUGGCCACAGACUACAUGCAGCAGGUGUCCCAGCUCAUCCGCUCCACACCCCGAAGGAUCCUGCACAACUACCUAGUGUGGCGUGUGGUGGUGGUUCUGAGUGAGCACCUGUCCCCACCAUUCCGAGAGGCACUGCAUGAGCUGGCCAAAGAGAUGGAGGGCAAUGACAAGCCUCAGGAGUUGGCCCGAGUCUGCCUGGGCCAGGCCAACCGCCACUUCGGCAUGGCUCUUGGUGCCCUCUUUGUACAUGAACACUUCUCAGCUGCCAGUAAAGCCAAGGUACAGCAGCUGGUAGAAGAUAUCAAGUACAUCUUGGGCCAGCGCCUGGAGGAACUGGACUGGAUGGACGCCCAGACCAAGGCAGCUGCUCGGGCCAAGCUCCAGUACAUGAUGGUCAUGGUUGGCUAUCCAGACUUCCUGCUGAAACCUGAGGCUGUAGACAAAGAAUAUGAGUUCGAGGUCCACGAGAAGACCUACUUCAAGAACAUUUUGAACAGCAUCCGAUUCAGUAUCCAGUUGUCCGUCAAGAAGAUUCGACAGGAGGUGGACAAAUCCACGUGGCUUCUCCCUCCCCAGGCACUCAAUGCCUACUAUCUGCCCAACAAGAAUCAAAUGGUAUUCCCAGCCGGCAUCCUGCAGCCAACCCUGUAUGACCCAGACUUCCCACAGUCUCUGAACUACGGGGGCAUCGGCACCAUCAUUGGGCAUGAACUGACCCAUGGCUAUGAUGACUGGGGGGGACAGUAUGACCGCUCAGGAAACCUGUUGCACUGGUGGACCGAGUCCUCCUACAGCCGCUUUCUGGGCAAGGCCGAGUGCAUCGUUCGCCUCUAUGAUAACUUCACUGUGUAUAACCAGCGGGUGAAUGGGAAGCACACACUUGGCGAGAACAUCGCAGACAUGGGAGGCCUCAAGCUGGCCUACUAUGCCUAUCAGAAGUGGGUCCGGGAGCAUGGCCCAGAGCACCCGCUGCACCGGCUCAAGUACACACACAACCAGCUUUUCUUCAUUGCCUUCGCCCAGAACUGGUGCAUCAAGCGACGGUCACAGUCCAUCUACCUACAGGUGCUGACAGACAAGCAUGCACCUGAGCACUAUCGGGUCCUGGGCAGCGUGUCCCAGUUUGAGGAAUUCGGCCGGGCCUUCCACUGUCCCAAGGACUCUCCCAUGAACCCCGUCCAUAAGUGCUCUGUGUGGUGAGCCUGGCCAUCUGCCUGUCUACCUGCACGUCCCCACUGCCCUGCACGGAUCACUUCCACCAGCUGCUGGGGCAACAUGAGCCCCAUACUUUCUGCUUCAGGUCUAUCUUCCUUUCCAACUUUUAUGUGAUUGUCUUCCCACCCCCUUCAGUCCUUCACCUAAGCAAGGGCCUGGAGUAGGGGUAACCCUGGGUUCUGGGGGAGCUCAAAGGGGAAAAUAUGAGGUCCCCAUCCCUGGCUCUAGGCAGCUGGAUCCCCGUUGGGGCUGGACUGUACAGGUCCCACUGAUGUGUUCUUGCUGAUAAGUCUGGUCAAUAAAGCUGCUAUACUGUAUA